AUGGAUACCACUUUAGACCAGGGUCCUAUAAAGUAUAUGGAGGACUCGAAUAGACCAGGGCAUGAAGACUCUGCAGCCUUUGCAGCCUCUGCAGCCUCUCCACCUGCCAGGCGAGCCAGUGAGUGUACUUACAAAGUAACAAAGUCUUGGUACAGUAGCAAUGAUUCAAUGAACCAGGCAAUGAACCAGCGUAGCCCAGCACUCGAGCGGCGUGCUUGGCAAUCGCCAUACGAUAGAUCCUCAUCUCCUUCGGGUAGUCCUGGCCAGCUAUCCGUCACUACGGUAAAACGAGUGCGUGUACGAAGACAUCACAGACAUCAAGUGAGGCGGCUGCUCCUGCUACUGCUCCUGCUACUACUGCCACCGCCAGAUUAAGGUUGAGAUAG